AUGGAUGCUAUCCGUGCUAGGAAUGCUGUCCGUCGUUCCAACAGAUUUCUAGCCGGCUCCAAUUCCAACAAUGUCAAUGGAACUGCCGAUGUGGAAUCCCACAACUGGGCAGGCGCCGCUCUUACAACAUCAGGCGUUACUGAGGUCUCCGGUACCUUCACGGUCCCCAAGCCCAGCAUCCCAGCUGGUGGCAGUUCUCGCACCGAGUAUUGCGGUGCUGCAUGGGUGGGAAUUGAUGGCUAUUCUAAUGCCGAUCUCAUCCAGACUGGCGUCCUCUGGUGCGUCGAAGGUGGCCAGUUCUUGUACGAGGCUUGGUAUGAGUAUCUCCCUGCCUCAUUGGUCGCAUACUCAGGGAUUUCUGUAACUGCUGGGUCGGUUGUUACCGUUACUGCUACGAAAACUGGCACCAACAGUGGAGUCACGACAUUGACAAGCGGUGGGAAGACUGUAUCACAUACGUUUUCCAGAGAAAGCUCAAGCUUGCCCGGUACAAGUGCUGAGUGGAUUGUCGAGGACUUUACCUCUGGCAGUUCAUUGGUUCCAUUUGCCAACUUUGGAUCUGUUACCUUCACCGGAGCAAGCGCUGUCGUUAACGGAGCAACUGUUACACCAGGUAGCGGGUCUGCGGUUAUUAUUGACUUGGAAGAUGCAAGUGGAGAUAUCAUCACAUCAACAUCAGUCUCUGGCAGCUCGUUGACUGUCAACUACGAAUAA